UUUCUUGUGUCGUUAAUUCGCCUAUCUAUGCUCUUGGUUGGACGGACCAGUCGGGGAAACCUGUUGGUCUUGUCAUCUACGACAGAUGGCUGAAAAAAGGGAUCCCUUAUUCAUCGGCGAAACAUUUGGGUCGUGUUUUACUAUCGGCAUCGCGGGGGGUUGUGUAUGUCUCUGGACUGUUCAUACACGGGUUAUAUUCAUGGCCGAGUCGCGCAGGAAGCCGCAGCCACCAGGCUGCUCACUUCGUUCGCUGCGAUCGGACGCGUGUGUCAUUGAUAAACCACCUGGGUUAUUCCUGUCUUUUGCCGUUUCUAUGUUUAUAAUAGCUCAUUGGCUACGAAGGAUACAUAUAUGGUUGACAUGUACGACAAGUGCUUGACAGUGUCGAUAGGAUGCGUAAGAUGAUAUUUAUAAUACAGCAUAGCCUCAAAAGCAGCAGAC